CCAUUGCAGCUCUACAAAAGUAACAAGGCCACACUACACAAGUCUCGUCUCAGGGACCCUUCCUGCGAAAACCGCACUGACACCUCUCUGUCUGUAUCACAGCUCUCACUUUCUUCUCUCUUUCAUAGCAGAGAAGUUCUCUUAUAUACAGCCAUUUCUGCACUGAAGUUGAAAGGAACUAAAGACUUUGAAGAGAGAGAAGAAGAAGAAGAGCUUCUAAAUAUAGUUGUGUUGGAUGUUGAGAAGCUGUGAUCCUGGAAAACUGUCGGUUGCCUGAGAAACGAUGCCAAACCAGCUAUGGUUUGCACUGCUAAUUAUUUAUCAGCAUGGAAGGAUUUUCCAAAGGGUCUCAGAGUCCUUCUCCUUGAGGAGGACAGCAGUUCAGCUGCAGAGAUAAAAUCGAAACUUGAAGCAACGGAUUAUAUUGUGUCUUUAUUCUGCAAUGAGAAUGAAGCUUUGUCGGCGAUUUCAAACAAACCUGAAAGCUUCCAUGUUGCUAUUGUAGAGGUGAGUAUGAGCAAUAGCAAUGAGAGAUUCAAGUUCCUUGAAACUGCCAAGGACUUGCCUACAAUCAUGAUUUCAAAUGUUCAUUGCCUUAGCACCAUGAUGAAGUGCAUAGCGCUUGGUGCUGUUGAGUUCCUUUGUAAACCUCUUUCCGAAGACAAACUAAGGGAUAUAUGGCAACAUGUUGUUCAUAAGGCAUUUAAUGCAGGAGGAAGUGUCCUCUCUGAAUCACUGAAGCCUGUCAAAGAUUCUGUAGUUUCCAUGCUGCAGCUUGGUGUGGAAACCGAAGAGCCCAAUAAUGAUAGAAUAGAAAAUGCAUCUCCAGCUCAUGAAAAUGAACUUGAGCAGUCAUCAGGUAGUGAUAAGUACCCAGCUCCUUCAACCCCACAAUUAAAACAAGGAGCUCGAUUGUUGGAUGAUGGGGAUUGCCAAGAACUUACUAAUUGCUCAACAGAAAAAGAGAAUGAAGAGCAAGAGGGAGAAUCUAAAUCUGUCGAAACUACUUGUGCAAUGAUUGAAGUCACUCCGCAGGGACACGAUACUCAGAGCUUAACUGAGACAGUGAUCAAAGGGGAGGAUGACUCGGCCGCUGGUGUCAAGGUUGAGAAUAAUCAAUCUGGUCAUCUGCAAAAUAAUGAGAAUCUCAACAAUCCUGAGGGAAAUGCUGAAAACCCAGUUAAAGGUUCUAGUCUUCCUAAUUUGGAUGGGACUAGAGCUAAUCGAAAGAAAAUAAAGGUAGACUGGACGCCUGAGCUGCACAAAAAAUUUGUGCAGGCAGUGGAGCAACUGGGCAUAGAUCAAGCCAUUCCUUCAAGAAUACUAGAUGUUAUGAAAGUGGAAGGCUUGACAAGGCAUAAUGUAGCAAGUCAUCUCCAGAAAUAUCGAAUGCAUCGGAGACAUAUUCUGCCCAAGGAAGACGAUAGGAGAUUGGAUCAAGCACGGAGGAGUUACUUUCAGCCUAGACCUAUCAUGGCCUACCCUCCAUGUCACACUAAUCAUACUUUUCCACUUAGUCCUGCUUAUCCUGUCUGGGGAGCACCUGGUGGUCCCCCUGCCGGUGUCCAAAUGUGGGGCUCACCUGGCUAUUCACCAUGGCCUCCGAGAGAAAAUUGGCAUUGGAAACCUUAUCCUGUGAUGAUGCAUGCAGAUGUGUGGGGUUGCCCUGUGAUGCCACCACCUCUCAAUCCUUAUUCUUCCCCACCUCUAAAUGCUACUGGGUUUCACAGUACUGGAACAGUUGAUAACGGAUGCAACAUACCACAAAAUUCAUUCGACCUACAUCCGGCAGAAGAAGUGGUUGACAAGGUAGUGAAAGAGGCAAUCAACAAUCCUUGGUUACCCUUGCCUAUAGGGCUAAAGCCUCCUUCAACUGACAGUGUCCUAGCAGAACUAUCCAGGCAAGGCAUCUCAACAAUUCCACCCCACAUCAACGGCUCAAAUCCAACGUGAGAUAACAUCAUGCUGAUACAUUUCACUUGGAUCAUUCAUCUUUAAAUAAUGGACAAAUCAUCCAUCAUCUGUCAGAAAAAGGAUGGGACCCCAUUGCAGGCAUGAAGACAACACAAACAGCUAGCAGCCGAAAAGCCAAGUGGAUCCAAUGUUUCAUCUCAUGUGAAAAUUUGUGGUUGUAAAUAGAUCAUAACAGAGGAAAUGCUAUUGAAUGUUGGCCUUUCUUGGUGCUUUGAUUGAGCCUUUCUUUAUGUUUAGAGGUUUUUGUUUAUUGAAUUGAAAAUUAGAGACGUGAGGAAGUGGUGGGGAGGCAGCACAGAGUACAGGGAGUUUGUGAAUGAAGUUGACACUGAAAUUUUUUAUGGAUGCUGACAUGUUUCCUGUCCUUAAACAUUAACGCUCUUGUCUUUAGAGCAUCAGCUUUUGGAUUUGUAUGAGCUAUUUAUUAUUUUUAUGAU